CGUGCAUAAACACCUCAGCUAAUGUGGAAGAGGAGGCGAGACGUCGUGGAUCACACACACACUCACACACACAGUCAGGAGUCAGGACACAGCAGUCGUUUGUAUGCAGGAGAAGUCAGUGAUGAACAUCUGAGUAAACUCGUCUCUUCUCGCCGCAGCAAAGGUCAAAGGUCAGGAGGAAUUUGUAACAACAGCAAAAUGUCGUGGCGUUCGUCUUUCCGCUGCUCAAAGUUUCGUCACGUCUUUGGGAAGCCGUCCACCAAGGAGCACGGCUACGACGGGGUGCCAAUCACACGCGGUGUCCAUGACAACCACUACUGCUCAGCCAAUCCCUGCUUCCUCGCCGUGGUGACGGAGAGCGCCGGGGGCGGGUCCUUUUUAGUCCUGCCCAUCCAUCAUACCGGCAGGGUGGACCCUCAGCACCCGAGGGUGUGCGGUCACAGCGGGAGCGUCCUGGACGUGAAGUGGAACCCGUUUGACGAUCACUGCAUCGCCUCGUGCUCAGAGGAUUGCACCGUGAAGAUCUGGGACAUCCCGGUGUGUGGCGUCCAGCAGAACCUCACCAGGGCCAGGAAGACUCUGAUGGGUCACUCCAGGAGGGUGGCGCUCAUCGAGUGGCAUCCGACAGCGCGGGACCUGCUGCUCAGCUCCGCCUACGACUACAAGGUCCUCCUCUGGGAUGUGUCCCAGGCAGGUGCGGUGCUCAGGUACCCGGUCCGGGUGGUUCUGAUGCCUGUCCACCACCGCUGCCCGUCUGAUGCUCUGCUGCUGUCCGUCAGCUUCAGCAGCGAUGGCAGCCGGCUGGCCGUCACGUCCAAAGACAGACGGGUUCGAGUCCUGGACCCGCGGACAGGAAGGAUCCUGCAGGUGUCCAGGAGUAAGUCCCACAGAGCCAGUAAGGUGUUGUACAUCGGAGGGCUGAAGAUGCUUCUGUCCACCGGCAGCUCGCCGUGGAACCACAGACAGAUCGUCCUCUGGGACCCUGACGACUUAUCUGAGCCUCUGUAUGAAGAGGAUUUGGAUGGAUCUGCAGGAGUCCUCUUUCCGUUCUACGACCCAGACACACACAUGCUCUACUUGGCUGGAAAGGGUGACGGGAACAUCCGGUACUAUGAGCUGAGCACUGAGAAACCUUACAUCCGCUUCCUGACGGAGAACAGGUCUCUGCUGCCACAGAAAGGACUCGGUGUGAUGCCAAAGCGCGGCCUGGACGUGAGCGCCUGUGAGGUUUUCCGAUUUUACCGUCUGAUCGCCAUCAAAGACCUGGUGGAACCACUGUCAAUGAUCGUACCACGAAAAGAGUCGGGUAUUUUCCAAGAGGAUCUGUACCCGAUGACGGCUGGAAACCAGGCGGCCAUGACAGCUCUGGAGUGGCUGUCGGGGAUCAACAGAAGCCCGGUGCUGAUGUCCCUGAAGCCGGGGACUCGAGUAGCCAACCCUUACCCAGAAUCCCCUGCAGAGAGGAGGCUUGUGAGGCAGCUGAGCUCCCUGAGGUUCCAGAUGGAUCCAGCUGUGACGGGGUCAGAACUGGACUUUAUGGAAGAGGCCUUCCUUGAGGAGCAGCUGGCCUACCAGGACGCCAAAUACCCGAGGGAGGUGAGCGACCUGUCGGGGUGGCAGCCGGACGAGACGCAGACCCCGACGUACCGCUGCACGCCACACUGCUGUGAACCUGCAGAGAGGCCGCCGCCGACCACAGAGAGCGAGACACUUUUAUUUUUAUUUUCUUCAGCUCCUGCAAACAUUUUACAGACAGCAAGACGAGAUCAGAGGCCUGCGAGAAACGCUUAACGGGAAAGACGUGAGGAUCUCUCAGCUGGAGCAGGACAUUAAGAACACCAGGAACAACAUGAGGGCAACUUUCUGACCAAUCAGCUCUCACGCUGCCGACACCGGACCAAUCAAACGCCUCCACAUUUCCAACCAAUAACAGAAACACAGCAGAUAUCUUUACGACUAAUAAAUGUUCAAAUAACUAACAGUGCUGCACCCACUACAUCACUUUGUUUUUAUACAUUUGAAGCUUCUAAGAACAAAUUGGAUGAUAUUAUUUAUGAUAAAAUAUCAUUAGUUUACAUCGUUAU